CACACGGAGGCCUGCAACCAUUCAAAGCAGCAGCAGCACUGACUGAUUACCUAGAUCCUGGGAUCAGACUGCGCUCAGUCCAUCCGCUGUCUCUCUUAUGCAGUAAUGGCCAGUUCCCUGUACUACAUAAUCCCAGCCUUGGGGGGUUACGCUCUUGCUUCCUUCUACCUGCUGAAGAACCCCCACAUCCUGCACAAGAAGAAACGUGUGGCCUUCUACUGCAGGCAUAUCUCUCACAGAGGGGGUUCAGGAGAGAGAAUCGAGAGCACGAUGGAAGCCUUCAGACAUGCUGAAGAGGCAGGAACACAUAUGCUGGAGAUGGACUGUCACAUGACCAAGGACGGUCAUGUGAUCGUCUCACAUGAUGAGAAUCUCCUGCGACAAACUGGAGUGGAUGUCAAUAUCUCAUCUGUCAACUUGGAGGACCUGCCUCUCUAUAAAGAAAGGUUAGAGGUCACUUUUCGUGAAGGGUAUUUCGGCACGGGCACGGACAGAAAGUUUGCUCUGCUGGAAGACGUCUUCCGGAGUUUUCCGAAAAUGCCAAUCAACAUUGAGAUUAAAGAAGACAACGACCAACUGAUCAAGAAGGUAUCCUCGCUCGUGCGGCAGUAUGGUAGAGAGGACUUCACGGUGUGGGCCAGCGUUGAGUCCGGCAUCAUGAAAAAAUGCCUCAAAGAGAACCCUUCCAUGCCAUACAUGUUCACCAUGGUGAGAGGCCUCCAGCUCCUCCUGCUCUUCUACACCGGCCUGCUGCCCUUCAUCCCACUGGGAGAGAGCUUCCUGCAGAUUUACCUGCCCCAUGUCUUCAACCGGACAUACAUUCCUGAUUCUCCAAUUCUGAGGAACAGAUUUGUCAUCUUUCUGAUUGAGAAGAUAACGAUGAGGAAAAGUCUGUUGAAACACAUGGUGGAACGAGGUAUUCAGGUGCACCUCUUUGUCUGUAAUGAGCUGACAGACAUUGAGGAAGCCUUUGCUUUUGGGGCAACAGGAGUGAUGACUGAUUACCCCACGCUCCUGGCGGAUUACCUCCGCACUCAUCCGCAGAUCACUCCACCCUGCAGCCAUUAGGAAAAGAUCUGCAAGCGAGGAGGAGCCUGACCUGACAUGCCAGGAGAGAACAGCCUGCAGUGUGUCUGUCUUUCAUGUCAGCUGAACAUCCUUAGCUGACAGUGAAAGGAAGCAUAGUCAUCCCUCAAACACCAGGGGGCAUUAAGCCCCAGUUUUCAGCAGGUUUAAGCCUCUGUAACAGUGAAGGUUGCUGGUUUGAGCCCCGGGUUCGGCAGAAUAGUCACAUCUCCAUCAGGCAUUUCAGCAAAACCCUUAUCCCACUGGAAUGCAAAAGUAUACAACUUUUUGUGUCAUUUCUUUAUGUACGUCUGUUGAUGUUCAUGGUUGGACAUUUCCAGGUAAAUAAGUACAUUAUAAUUAAUAAUUACCACUCUCACUGGAUCUAUUUUUUUUCAUCAGUAGAUCCAUUUGCCAUGUUAACUAAGUAUUUUUGUUAACUAAGAAAUUUUAUGUAAAUUUUCGUUAUACUGUCCCCAAUGUCAAAAAAUAAUCUUUUGGUGCACCCAAGAGGAUGCCAUAGUACAUUGAAUGUGAUUCGAGUCUUGCAAACUGUGGACCAACUGGUGUCUAGCUGAGCCUUUUCUUGUUGUACGGAAUGUAUCAAAUAAAACCUGUUAUUUUGA